AUGCUCAACACUGGUCUGCAGCCAUCCGCCCCAGUGCUCAACUUCAAAGACCUCACCACCGCCAAUAUCACCCCCAACGUACUCGCCAUCAACUCGUCCUGCGCCAACCCGCGCACAAAAUUCCUCAUCGACCGCCUCGUCACCCACCUCCACGACUACGCCCGCGAGACCCGCCUCACCCAGGCCGAGUGGGCCACCGCCAUCCAGUUCCUCGUCGAGGCCGGCCAGAUCAGCAACGCCUCGCGGCAGGAGCUCAUCCUGCUCUCGGACAUCCUAGGCCUAUCGGUGCUCGUGGACGGCAUCGACCACCCGACCCCCAAGGGUGCCACCGAGGGCACAGUCCUGGGGCCGUUCCACGUCGACAAUGUGGCCUCCACGGGAGAGACGGAGCUGGGCGGGGCGAUAUCCCACGACGACGAAGGAGAAGGGUUGCUGGUCGUCGGCACCGUCAAGGACACGCAAGGUAACCCAAUCUCCGGGGUCGAAAUCGACGUGUGGGAGACAGACUCGAAGGGAUUUUAUGACGUGCAGUACAAGGACCGCGAGCCCGACAAGUUUGACGGCAGGGCCGUGCUCAAGAGUGACGACCAGGGCCGGUUCUGGUUCAGGGCCAUCGUGCCCGUGCCGUACCCGAUCCCCGACGAUGGGCCAGUGGGCAGGCUUCUGAAGGGCACUUUGAAGAGGCACGUCUGGAGACCUGCCCAUAUGCAUUUCCUAUUCAAGAAGGAGGGUUGGGAGCCAUUGAUCACAGCGCUUUACGUUCGGGGCUCGCCGUACGAGACCACCGACGCUGUGUUUGGUGUCAAGGAGUCCCUCAUCGUGGACAUCGGCAAGGUCUCUGACCGGCAGGGCUUCGCCGAGGAGUACGGCGCGUCUCCCGACAUGAAGCUCUUGACGUACGAUUUUGUCCUCGCGGGGAUCCAGGAAACGGCCGACCUGCGCAGGACAGAGGCUCAGAAGGUUGCGGACGCGGACCCUUCACUCGGGGUCAAGGUUUUGGACAACGGGGUGCUCGUGCGCAAGUGA